UCCGUGAGAGCCGUUUGCCCCACCCCACCUCUUCAACGCUAUCUAUCUCAAUGUACAAUUCUCUGAGAAAAAAGGGGGUAAGAUUAAUUCAGAGUAACACCGCAAAGAAACGAUUCUCAUUUCCCCGACCGGCUCACCGGAGCAGACGCGGCCUCUCGGCGGUAAGACAAAACAAGAGCAGUGAGUGAAAACACCGCGGUGCGUUCAUGUAUCAUGCACAUGUAACCACAAUCUACCGUACGGACUCACGGGGAGAGACUUGACAGCGGGCUGUACCUGCGCCAAACGGGGAAAUAACGGAGGAUUUUCUACGACUAUCACCUGGAUACCGCGUCACAUUCAAGGACAUCCAACUGCCAAAAUAACUGCCUUUUGCUCGCGCGGACAAGCUUUUCCGAUGUGAGGACAAAUACAAAUUAACGUGACAGAGAGAAAGAGGACGGAGAAGCGGCCUUUUUCUCUGGGCUCUGGUCAAACCCUCCGCAAAAAAAGAAAAAGAAAAGCAAGCACCAGCAUCUGUUGAAGGGGAGAGGAAAUCAUUUUGACAUCGACUAAAAACAGGAAAUUAUUGAUAAAGACUGCAACUCCCCUCCCCAAAAAACGAAAAAAGAAACGGUGUAUAAUGUGACGGUUGUGAGAAAGAAGCCCCGGUGAAGCUGGUGAUUCACAUGCCGUCUUUUUAAGAGGAAUUACAUUCAUUUUUUAGUUGGGUUUGCAAACACCCCCCUAAAGAAAUAAUAACUGAAUAUAUAUUUAAAGAAGGGGGGAGGAAGAAAAGGGGUCGAGAAAAAUCUAGUUGUAAGUGUAAAUGAAUUGAAUGGCAGUGUGAGAUAUCUGCCGAAGAUGGGCUCCGGAGGAGACGUCUGUUGAGAACAUUAAACAUAACGUGGAGAAAAAACAAUAGUAUGUGUUCUAAACCCGGUGUUUAAAUAGAAAAUAUACAUUUAAGGGAACGGAAACACGUUCAUUCAUGUACAUUGCAAGGCUGGCAAUUCCACGUCCACUCUCGUAUCAAUGUUGAUGACUUCAUUGCGGAUUUACAGUGAAAAACACAAGAAUCGAGCGUCUGUGAGAGAGAGGGCGGCAUCGGUGCUCUGCUCCUCUUCUUCUUCUUUUUUUUGGAGUGAUCUCCUGUUGAUAAAUUGCCAGUAAAUAGCCACAUCCCUCCAUCCAUAUUGUGCCAAAAGCCUGGUGGAGCCCACCGUCUACUACCUGACAGGUUUUUACAUCUUGUGUCAUCUGGCAACACAAAUGUCACCCAUUUUGAGCCACGUGUUCCUCUGCUGAGCCAGUCCAGGAAUUUAGGAUUGAUUUGACUUUUCUUCCGAUCAACACCCUCCCCCCCUCGUUCCCUCACCCCCCACACACACACACAUCCACCCUGCCUCCCCCUGAACCCAUCACUGGGUUUUUGGGAAGAUGGGCUGUCUUGGCAAUAGUAAGACCGAAGACCAACGAAAUGAGGAGAAGGCACAGAGGGAAGCCAACAAAAAGAUAGAGAAGCAGCUCCAGAAGGACAAACAGAUAUACCGGGCGACUCACCGGCUACUGCUAUUAGGGGCCGGUGAAUCCGGGAAAAGCACGAUAGUCAAACAAAUGCGAAUACUGCACGUUAAUGGCUUCAACGCAGAGGAGAAAAAACAGAAAAUUCAUGAUAUUAAAAACAACAUUAAAGAAGCUAUAGAGACGAUUGUGGCUGCCAUGACUUCACUCACACCGCCAUGCCAGAUAGCCUGUCCUGCAAACCGAUGCCGUAUCGAUUAUAUCCUAAACCAAGUCAUCCAGAAGGACUUUGAGUUUCCUUCAGAGUUUUAUGACCAUGCAAAGAUCCUCUGGCAGGACGAGGGUGUGCGGACCUGCUGGGAAAGGUCCAACGAAUAUCAACUCAUCGACUGCGCACAGUAUUUCUUAGACAGGAUCGAUAUGGUGAGACAGAAUGACUACACGCCCACUGAUCAGGACCUGUUGAGAUGCAGAGUGCUGACAUCUGGGAUCUUUGAGACGCGAUUUCAAAUAGACAAAGUCAAUUUCCAUAUGUUCGAUGUCGGAGGUCAGAGGGAUGAACGUCGAAAAUGGAUCCAGUGUUUUAACGAUGUGACAGCCAUCAUCUUUGUGGUGGCGAGUAGCAGCUACAACAUGGUGAUCAGAGAAGACAAUCAGACCAACAGACUACAGGAAGCCCUCAACCUUUUCAAGAACAUCUGGAACAACAGGUGGCUACGGACCAUUUCGGUAAUCCUCUUCCUGAACAAACAGGACCUGCUCGCUGAGAAGGUGUUGGCAGGGAAAUCUAAAAUUGAGGAGUAUUUCCCGGAGUUUGCGCGCUACACUACGCCUGAUGAUGCAAUACCAGAGCCAGGUGAGGAUCCCCGAGUCACGAGGGCGAAGUACUUCAUUCGGGAUGAGUUUCUGAGGAUCAGUACAGCCAGCGGGGACGGACGGCAUUACUGUUACCCCCACUUCACCUGCGCGGUUGACACAGAAAACAUCCGCCGCGUCUUCAAUGACUGUCGCGACAUCAUACAGAGGAUGCACCUACGGCAGUACGAGCUCUUGUGAUGGUCCGGCUUACUUAUCCACCCCCCAACCUACUUAUCCCCCCCCCCCCCCUCUCCUCCUCCGCCCCCACGACCAGUUAGCCAAUCACUCCCUCCACUUCCCCAACUUCACCCAACAGCCGAGCCCUCCCCUCCAUCCUGAUACAACUUCUCCCGGUUCAGAGAAUCAGAACAGCGGAAAGACUUCUUCUUUUCUUUUUUUUAAAGGAAACACAGUUAAAGAUGCACCAACAUUUUCAUCAACCAUCAGCUAGGACUGACUGCUGUACUCGGCUACAUUUUGACCCGGGAAAGAGGGUCGAGACUAGAAUCCCUCUGUGCAGACUAUCCCUCCUUUCAGCUCUAUAUCUCUCUCUCAGAUAUAUCAACACACACACACACUUUCAGGUACACACACACUACAGCCAUUCAGAGCGCUUUGAUAGGUUUUAAUGUCUCGUAUUACACACACAGACCCUCUUAAAAUUACAUCCUCCUGCUUUGAACAGUUGUUAGAGGCUGAAUUUAAUAAUAUAUUCUGAGAGAGAGGAGUUUUACCACUGCGUGCUGAAGAUGACGGAGGGGGAGGAGAAGAAGGGAACAAUGGACAUGGAGGGUUGCAAACUGAUACCGAGGAGGGCUGUAAGCCUUUUUGUGUCCCGAACAGACGGACUAAUUGACUAACGGCUGCCUGUGGACGUGAGCGUGACCCGAUCAUAAGACCGCGCGGCUCACAUGACUUGCUCUUUAAGAAACCAAUCGAGGAGGGACAGCAGAAAACAACAAACAAGGGAAAAAAAGAAGAAAUACAAUGCAUAAAUCCAUGCAUACCAGUGAACUUCAUGCAGAGCAAAAAACCAAGCUAUAUAGAU